UUGCGCGUUAGACAAAUGCUGGUUUUCUUCGCUUUGUUUUGGACCCGUUUUUAUAUUGUUCACCAAACAUCGAAACCAGAAUAGGAAAUUUUAUACUAUUAAAAAUUUAUCCUAAAGUAAUCGCUUGACAUCAGUAAUUCGAGAAAUACGUAUCCAACCAAGUUAGCUAAAAAUGAGCUUGACUUCCAGAAUUACUGGUGGUACUGGCUCAGGCGUCAACCACAAUGUUGCAAAUCCAGCUCCCAAAUUAUCUGGAAAUCUUGCUCCUACUCAAGAUCCAGUUCCUGUGGUUAAUCAUUCAAGCUCCACACGAUGUUCCAGUGGGGCCUUGAUGAGUUUGUUAAACAGUGGAUUAUCUGUUCCUCGUCAAAUGAUGGUUCAGGCCCGCGGUGCACAAGAUAAUCAGCAUAUUCCUAUACAUUUGAGCUUUGUGGGAACUAUUGGACAGGGGACAUUUGGACAAAUUGAAAGAGCUACUCUCACUGUCCCAGCAACAUCUUCAGGCACACCAGGUAAAAAGAAUUCCGAUGUCGGUGGUUUCUCUGAUGGAGGACAAAGUUUACAGGUCGCCGUAAAGCGUGUCUUGCAGGAUCCUCGCUACAAAAACCGUGAGCUAAGUAUUAUGCAGCGCCUUAACAACCAUCCUAAUGUUGUGAAGUUCUACUACUACUAUUACUCGACAGCGUCGUCAAAUAGUCGGGGCCAUAGGAGUGGUGGUGGACGUGCAGGUGCAUCUACAUCGGGUGUAGAUGUGUUCUUGCAUCUUGUGCUGGAAUGUUUCCCCGAGAGCUUAUGUGAACUCAUAUACCGCUAUUCUCAAAGGAACCUGAAAAUACCAGCUUGUACAGUAAAGGUUUUUACGUAUCAGAUGCUCAAGUCCCUUGCUUACUUACAUAGCCAUCAAAUAUGCCACCGUGAUAUAAAGUCGUCCAAUUUACUAGUCAAUGAAGAUACUAUGGUUUUGAAAGUGUGUGACUUUGGAAGUGCUAAAGAAAUGGUGCCGGGAACUGCUAAUGUAUCUUAUAUAUCCUCUCGGUAUUAUCGUGCUCCGGAGUUAUUAUUUGGAGCUCAAUAUUAUUCUUGUGCGAUCGAUACUUGGAGUGGAGGGUGUGUACUGGCUGAAAUGUUACGUCAGCAUUGCUUGUUCAUGGGAGCUGAUUCAGUAGAUCAACUGGUCAAAGUUAUUCGCGUUUUAGGCACUCCUACUCCACAAGAUAUUGCCAGUAUGAAUCCAAUGUAUGGAUCUUACAGUUUCCCAGAUGUUCAAUCUUGCCCUGUAAAACUGUUUUUCCCACAGCAUACUCCAGCCGAUUUGUUGGCUCUAAUGAGCAAAAUGCUUGUUUAUAAUCCAUCACUAAGAAUUUUACCAUCUCAAGCUCUUUCCGAACCAUGUUUUGACGAACUUCGUUCUAUCGGUCCAAAUGGAGUACUCUCGAACAGAGUUCGUAUGCCUCCACAUAUCUUUGAUCCUGAUCCCGAACCUAAUCCUCCUACAUCAGUAACAGAUGGAACAAAUUUAUCAGCAUAUAACAAUUGGUUGCCAGAACAUCAUAAGCAUGGCUCAUCCAGCAAGAAACCUACCACCAGUGUGAGUGCUUUGCAAGGUUCCGAUAAGAAAAACUGUAAACCACCAUCGAAUUCUCGAGAAAUUCCUGCUGAUUGGCAGCGAAAAUGUCGAGCUGGCGGAUCUAAUAAUUCAUCGGAAAAAUGUGGGUCAGUUAUUGCUGGUACCGGUGGUGGUAGUCAUCCAAACCUGGAAUCAAAAUCUGACGAAGUAACCGGGAACACUAAUGGUGUAAAUAAUGAUGCUUCGAGUAGACAACAACAACACAAUCGAACUAAUAAUGAGAAUAAUCUUAAAAGUCCAAUUGAUACAACAAAAGUCGGGACGGCGACAACAGUUGAUGUUGGUCAUCCAAGUCAAAUAGAAAAUCCCGAUAUCUGUUGCAAUGAUAAUGAAAACAAUAAUAAUAAUAAUAAUAGCAUUACUACCAAUGUACACUUAAAAUCAUAUGUGCCUCCUACUCAUCCCAACUCUUCUGAACAACGGACAAAUUUAAGUGAAGUACACUAAAUAGAUAGAUAGAGAUAAACAUUUGCACAAAAAUCCACAUUACAAAAUUCAUAGUGUAAUUAUUUCUUGUCAUUUGAUAUAUCCUGCACUCUGAGUCAUUUCAUUGACGACCAGCCUCAACAUUAGCGUCACUUGGUUAUUUUUCUGUUAACUAACAAAUUAUUUCUCGUGAGGAUAAUAGUACUUCGAAAAUAAACAAUCACCUUUUCUCUCUCCCUGUCUGCGCCCAAUUACUUGUCGAAUUACUUUGAUUUCUUUGUGUGUGUAUGUAUGUAUGUCUAGAAAAAGUCCACAAUAAAGGAGAUCAACCAAAUUACACCGUACUCUUUUGUUGUUAUUGUCGUUUAAUAUUGAACAAAGUUAACCUUGUUUCUCUCCCUCUCUCUCUCUCUCUUUAUUACAAAACACCUACUGACAUGGUUAUCAUCUAUUUUCUUCCAGACUGUUGGUUUUUCUUCCAAAAUAAUGCAUAUUAAAAUUCACAGUUUUUUUGCUUAUCAAUUUAUGUAGGUGGUUGGGUGUAGACAACACAAAAUGUCGAAUAUUGUUGUGUUGUAUGCAUUGUUUAUUGUUUCAAAACUGUAGAACCUUCCUCUUCCAUCAUUUUCUUUUCACUUCUUUUUCUGACUAAUAUGAUUCCAAAUAAUAAGUUUACCUCAUAGAAACAAUCUCUCCUGGGUUUCCCCCCUAUUUGUCUGUGUUUAUUUUUUACAAUUAGAAUUAGUUAUGUUAUAUAACAUUAUUCUGUAUUUUCGUAACUACUUUAACAACUCAUUAAUUAAUAUGUAAAUAUAUAUACAUAUACACGUACAUAUAUGUGUUCAUUUAGUUGACGACUUCUUUCUUGAUUGUUUUUUCUUCUUCAUUCAUUACACCAUGUUCCAAGGUCCAUUUCUUCCAUUCUACAAUCGAUUCAUUUUUCUUUUCCUACUUUAUCUCAUCUCUUAUUUCAUCAUUAUUAUUCAAAAUCAUUUCUCUAGGUGUAUGUUGUUUAUUCAUCUCACUUUGUUGUAUUUUAAUUCUCUUCAAGGGAGAGAAAAGAAGAAGAACGAGUAAAAAGAAACCGGCUUACAGAGUGGUAGUAAAUUAUUUUUUGUCCAUUUUUCUUUAAAUUUUAUAUAUAUAUAUAUAUAUAUAUA